UCAGCAGGCUAACUACUGUACCGGCAAAGCCAGCUGAUCCCUUCCCCAAUUCCGGCCACUCGAAAAAUGGCGGAGAUCGCCGGCGACGAGACCCCACCGCUACCUUCGUCUUCCGGCGCCGAGGAAUCCUCUCUCCUCUCGUCCCCUCCCUCGCCCACCGCCACCAGCGGGGACGAGCCACCGCCGCGCACGAGGAAGCCCGGCACGAAGCGUCUCGUCCUCACCGCCUCGGUCCUCCUCUCCUUCCUCGUCGGACUGCCCUUGCUGCUCAAAUCCACCGAGAUCCACCGGUCGCCGCUGCCCUCCGAUGCAAUCGCCGACCUGUCCCGCCGCCUCCAGUCGCACCCUCCCUCCUUCCCCUGCGGUCUCCACGCGGUCUUCCUCCGGUCCGGCCCUGGCUCCCCCGUCGCCUCCCUUGCCGAUCAGCUCGAGCGGGCAAUCUCGACCCAGCACCACCUCCUCCCCGCGUCUUCUACUGCCGGGAACAUCUCCGUGUCAGUCACCGUCCAGUCGGACGGUGGCUGCACCAGCAGCGCGGCUGCCGCUUCGCCUUGGCGAUGCGGCUUGGUGAGCGCUGCAGACUCGUUCCAUGAUGAUGAGGUGUUCGAUGAAUUGCUGCACUCUGCAUUGGGUGGUGGUGAUGGGGAUGGGAUGAAGGUUUACACUAUUGUCAUUGCUGAGGAUGAUGAUGGAAAGGGGACGAGGGUUGUGAUUGGAAAGCACCGUCAUGCUUGGGUUGUUGGGAAGGUCGAUGAGGCCGAGGCUGUGUCACUUAUUAGCAAGGUGUUCAUCAAGUAUUUCAUGAAUGGCGGUAUUGAAGAGGGUGAGACAGGCAUUGGGAAAGGCGAGUUCAUGCCAGUUGGUUCAGAUGGGAAUGUUGUUCUUUCAUUCAGCUUGUUGAAUGCUGAUCCAAAUGAUUGGGUCUAUGAUUGGGAGUUCAAAAAUAUUGGCGAGAGAAUCCUUACUCCUGUGGUCGAGGCCCUGCGACCAGUUGCUGAUAUCAAUAUAGAGAGUCAGGUUCUCUACCACACUCCGAAGUCGUCCUAUUCUUAUUCUGACGAUAAAUUGGGGGGCAAUGUCCUUAGUAUGGGAGACAUUCCUUUCUUUGUAAACUCAAAUGAGUGGCACUUGGAUACAUCGAUUUCAGCUACAGGACGAUCAAAAGUUCUUCAGUUUGUGGUGUAUAUUCCAUCUGCAAGGGAAUGCCCUUUGUAUUUGCAGCUUCCAGAUGGGGAGCUUUCGAAAACUAAUGCAUUUAUUUCCCCAAUGUGGGGAGGUGUUGUUAUUUGGAACCCACCAGGCUGUUCACUUGGUUCAAAGAAGGCGCAUGGGACUCGGAGACAAAUGUCAUCACAGGAACUUAUGGAGACUCUGGAAAUCUUCAUUGGGCAGCUAAGACAGUUAUUUGGUCUAAAACCAAACUAUCAUGCACAAGGCAUGGAUGUGGCAACUAAAUUCCUAGUUAGUGAAAAGGGGUUUGCGCAAUGGGAAUUGGAUUUACUAUACAGACAUCAUGCAUGUUCCAACCUUUUGUCAUGUGUCGCCACCUUGGAAUCUCUUUCCAGCUUGGUCCAAUCGCUCCCAAGAAUGAUUGUUAUGGAUGAAAUUGGGAGGCAGGUAGAGCUUUCACUUGAAGCCGCAAGCUUAGCUCAAAGGAACGCCACUCUUGGAAUAGGUGACUCUUCUGCAGUGUCUGCAACGAGAGCAAGGGCUUUGGCUGAGGACGCAUUUUUCCAUCCGUCCAUUAUGUCAAUCAGUUAUGCUUCCGUGGAGCACUACUUCGCCAUUUACAUGCCAUUCUUUGCGCCAGUGUGCUUGCAUGUGCUGCUGGCGGCGAUCAAAGAGCUGAAACGCUACAAGGUGGAGCGGGCCAAGUACUCGGCGUUCCUCGCCUCCCAGUCCCAGGCGACGACCUCCUGAAGUCUUUGAUCCAUCCAUCAAUCCAUCAUCGGUGACAGGCUGCAAAGCAUCGCUGGCUUUCUUCACGCCUGGUAUCGUCAUCGAUCAUCCCACGGAGUUUGACAGGUGACGGAAGGUAUGGUAGAUAGUGGCAUCCUAGGCAGGCGAGUAGGAGGGGGUCUAGUCUACCUGCGCGCGUGUAAACCUGUAACUUAUUACAGUAUGUGGUAGAUCUUGCUUAUAGUCCGGGGCCGAGGACCCACAUUUUGUUCGUAGAAGAAUACUUGCCCUCUCACAUGAAGAAAUCCGUGUCAAUUUCCAAGUUC